UCCUCCAUAAAAAUGUGUAGUGCACUCUAGCCUUUAUUUUCGCUAAAUUUUAUUGUUUCAUAUUGAUGUUCCCGUGUAAACAAAUGGAAAAAUUAGUGCUGAACGUUUUUGGGAAAUUUAAUUGACAUUAAAAAACGCCAGCAUAACAUUUAAGUAAAAUGUCACUUGAAAACCCAGCUCAAAACAAUACUUCAUCGUCGGCGCGACCAUUUCGUCGGCGAAGAACUAAGGUCAAUAAUGACAAAAAGAUUCAAGAUGACGAGUUCAUGGCCGCAGCAAUCGGUGAUGUUGAAUGGCUGCGACAAAGCUUACGAGACCAAAAUCUAGAAAAUGGCCAAAUAAACUAUGAUAAAAAUGGUUUAACUGCGCUUCACCUGUCGGCGAUUCAUGGUCGUCUGGAGUGCCUCAAGUUGCUGAUAGAGAAGUACAAGUUUGACAUCAACCUGGCCAGCAGCACGGGUUGGAGGGCUAUCCACCUGUGCAUCAGUAACCAGACUGGGAAACGCGCCAUAACCUGUUUGCAGUACCUCCUUGAUAAGAAGGCAGAUGCUUCUAUUGGUAAUGAUGAUGGCAUUACGCCUUUACACCAGGCGGCCAGUGAGGGACAUGUUCAGUGCCUUAAGAUGCUCAUAGAUGUGGGGGCGAAGAUUGAUGGACAGGACUGUAGAGGCCACACACCACUAGAUCUUGCUAAACUCUGGGGGCAUCGUAAAUGUGCCAGGAUCAUAGCUGCGGAGAUGUGGCAGCAGGGAAAGGACAACGUUGCCAAGGAGAUGGUUCAGCUGCGCAAACUCAAGAUGCAGCAGGUGCUCCGGGAGAUGGAGCUGGAGGCGGAGUUUAGGGCAGAGCAUGAGCACUACAGCGACGAGGCCUUCAAGCAGUGGCUGGCCAAGAGAGGCUAUGAUCCUAACAUGCCAACAGGACCAAAACCUAAAGAAAAAGAGAAGGAGAAAGCUGCAAAAACUACAGAAAAGGCACCCACAGAGUCUCUGGCAAAGGCUAACAGUAUUGCUCAAAGCAGCACAGCUACCAAAAGCAAGGUAACCAUGAGUCGAAGGGCAGACACGAUGCCUAGCUGGAAAUCUAAGAGCAUACGGGAGGUCUCACCAGUAAGCAGGAAAGAAACAACCUUCAGUCAGUCUGAUGAUUUUGAUGCUGGCCUUUACGAGAGUUCAGAUAAAAAAGCUGAAGAGGCACCAGAGGAAAGACCCAAAAGUACUGGCUUCUGCAAUCCAAACCCUUGGAAAAUUCCUCUCAAAGUUGACGACCCUCCUUACAUCACAAAUCUCACUGAUGAUUAUCCAAGAGACGAGUACACCAUGAUGCCAAUGGUCGAGUCUGCACCAAAGUAUUUUGACGGGAAAUUUGGGCCAAGGUUGCAUAAGAAAGAUGUUAAAGAGGGAACCAUUGACACGAAAAAGAAACUUCGAAAACCCAAUCUCCCAAAAGAGGUGAUCAAAAAGGAGCUUAGCAAAGACCCCACCACGGACGAACGACCCAUAUUAUUCAAACCUCGACACAUCCACGAUGUCCAAGUAAAGAAAAAAUAUGACGAUGAGGUUAAAGGCAAGAGCGAGGUCUCGCUACACCUGUGCGAUGACAUGUCAUCAUUCCUGUUCAAGAACAGCUUGAAAAAGGCGCCCGAUGUAAUGGUGAACUUGAGGUCCGGGAAGGACGAGGCACGAAGGCAACUGAUGGAGAUGAGCAAUAGUAUACUGGAGUCGCAUCCCAAUACACGCUCUACAUCCUCCAGUAAUUGGUCCUCCAUUAAAUUUCCCAGAGAUCGCGUGAUAAAGUCGCUCCAUGUUAUGUCCAAGCCGGAUGUAUUCCCUGCUAUACGGGGAGAGGAGUAUAGCAUCGGAAGCAGAACUGCCGUGUCCUAAAAAGAGGAAUGUACAUCGAUCAUACUUUGGAAUCUCACUGGAUGCUAGGACUUUUCAUUACAAAUCAUCCACAGAGUGUAAUUCAUUGAUCAUGCCAGCCUCCGCAAAAAUUCCAAAUCCAUUAUUGGCCACAAGGUCUGAUAAUAUUGUAAAAAUGUAUAGUCCGUGCUCCAAUUUACUGGUCAGUCAACAAAAUAUUGGUACUUGACUUGCAUCUUUUUCUGGUUAUGAGGGCAAGUACUCUGUCAGUUGUUUAUGGGUCUUUGCAGUUUUAUAUGCUUUUUCUAGGCUGUCACACUUUUGUUGUUACAGUAUGCAUUAUUUCAUGAAAGCAUUUGAUCAGAGGAGGCCUUAAGUGACAGAUUAUUGAUAAUUCAAAUUAGUGCAUUAGUACAGAAUGGAAAUGAAAGCAUGUGUUUCCUUCACAAGUUUUGGCCAAAUAUAUGCUGCUGAUUUUCUAUAAAUAGUAUGAUUGUUCAUAUACAGUAAGAAUAAUUUGUAUAUUUUUUUUAUUAAUUAUUGAAUUGUUUAUUAAUCAAGUUGAACUGGAUUAUGUUAUCAAGUUUAUUUGAAUUCAAUGAGUGUGUAACUUCAUAUAAGUUUAUAAUUAUGUUGAUUCAACUUACUUCAAAUAAUGUUACGAUAAUGUUUCUGCAUAUUGGAUUUGAUAUUUAAUAUUUAGAAAUCAUUAUUACUUGUGUAUCUGUUUGUUUUAUUAAGUUUUGUAAAAAAAACAACAUGUAACACAAAAAUAUCAUAAUAAUAUAUUUACAUUUUGUCAUUAAGUCUACCUUAGAAUUGUAUUUUUGAUUUGAGUAUGUUAAACAGGGUGUGUUGUAGAGACUAGGGUACUGUUGUAUUAUUGAUUACAUAUUUUAUUUUUACAUGUUUUCAUCUACAUGCAUAUUAUACUUAAACAGAUUUUUUUUUACUGCCGAUUUAUUGUUCCUUGUUUUUACUGUUGUUGUAGAUGAGUGUUAUGUUUGUUAUGAAUGGUCAUUUAAUCUAUUGUGAUUCUUUUAAACAUUUACUGCAUAUACUGCCACUUUUUUCUUUGACAUUAUAGACAUAAGUAAUUGUUGAUGAUGUUUAGUUUUAAGACUUCAUCUUUUUAGAUUCCUAAUUUUUGUGUGCUGUAUAUUUUAUUGCUCCCAUUCACACAUCUCAUUGUGUGCCUUCUUCAAAUUAAAAGACCUUAACAAUAAUUUGUGUUUCUGCAUUUCAUGAAUACAUCUAAUUGACCACUUGCCAGUUGUAAAUUAACAUAACUGAUCUGCCCUAACAGAAAUGAUCUACCCAUCGGAAACCGCUUUAUCUAUGUCAUGUUGUCCGACAAAUAAACCGUGAUUUGGUAAUAGAACAAGCAUUAAAUAUUAUAUAGACAUAUGUUGGCAGAGCAAAUGAACUUUUGGCCACUGGUUAAUUGUAUGUGAUACUGUUACGCCUAAAACAAAUAUUUUAUUUAUACUAAUUAAAAAAGCAUUUGUCCAUAAGUGUAAACGAAUACAUUAACCAUAUGGUGUGCCUUUAUAUGUGUAUGCUCUGCACUAUUUUUGUGAUAACCAUGAAAUUAUGUUUUGUUUUUGAAUAAAUCAAUGAUCAUU